ACCUCUUCUUCUGCAAGAAACUUGUAGUUCAAAUUGUUCAGUUCCUUAAUGCGAUUGAGGAGAGUUUAGCGCAGUUUAACAAGCUCUCUCAACACAUCGUCGUUGUUUGGGACUGGAGAUAACCAGAGCCCUUAAUAACAGAGAGAAAUCCUGCUGAGAGGGGAGCUACAGCCAUGGAGAACAGAGAGUAUGACAGCCUGCAGGAGUUCACUGAGGAAACGUCCAGCAGGAGGAACAGGCCAGUCCUUGACCACAGCAAUGGCUCCCGGGGACUGAAGAGGGGCGUUGAGUGUUUGAGGAGUCAGACUGCUCUCUUUGUGCUUGUUGGCCUUUUGGCCUCCAUCUGUGCCAACAUCGUGCUCACUGUGCUGUUGUUUAGCAGGCCAGUGCCAGGUACCCCCUUGGAGUCUGCAGCUCUGAGUCUGAAGCUGAACUCAAUGCAGACACGCUACAUCCUGCUGUGUGAGGACUACACUAAACUGGGGCAGAGCUGUUCACAGACAGUCAACAAGUGCAGGGCGUGUCCUGAUGCGUGGCUUCACGUUGGAGAUAAAUGCUACUACUUCAGCAGUGACAAACAGGACUGGCUGACCAGCAGAGACAGCUGCACAGAGAUGGGCAGCCAUCUUGCUAUACUGCACACCAUGGAACAGCAUGAUGCCCUAGAAAAAGAAGCCAAAAAGAUUGGUGGAUUUGAUUACCACUUCUGGAUCGGCCUGUCUGAUAUGGAGAAGGAAGGAGACUGGAGAUGGGUGGACAACACAACACUGGAACACAAAUACUGGGAUCAGUGGAGCUCAGAGCCGGAUAACCACCUGUCAGGAGGGGAGCACGGAGAGGACUGCGCCACUUUAGACAGCCGUGCAAAGUCAUGGUUUGAUGUUCCUUGUGAGAACAUCUAUAAACGCAUCUGCCAAAUGGAUGCCGUCCAGUUUGACUAGGGUCUGUAUGUAGGUGACAAACUACAGCGCGGGAUAGUCUGGAAACCAAACAUGAACCUCCAUUUUUCACACGCUUGUGUUAAAAAAGCCAAAAAAAAACAACAAAUAAAUAAUAAAAUAAAAAAU